UGAUUCCAGCAUGGCUCCUGGAGGAAAGAUUAACCGUCCAAAGAAAGAUUUACAGAAGAAUCUGUUCAAACGCCGUCGCGUUCUGAGUCGAGAAAAGCGCAAGAAGCACAAAAUUGUUGGAGCUGUGGUGGACAAAGAAUUAAUAACUGUCAAUCACCUCAGGAAGAGAAGUUCAAGCUCAAGAGCUAACAUAACUCUUUCUGGGAAGAAAAGAAGAAAGCUAAUCAAACAGAUUCAACAUCUUCAAAAAGAAAAGGAAACAAUGGAUGUGGAGUCUCCAGUCUCACGCCCUGUAAAGCCUACGAAUACAAUGGAGAUUCAGAGUAGCUGCACAAAAAAGAAGAGCAAGAAAACUAAGGGAGACGUGGAGAUGGAGGAUGUAUCUGCUGAAAACCCUAUUGACGAAUAAUCAGAAAAUGUUCAUUUUUUUUUUCUAAAGGGACUGGAUUAUAUUUUUGUAUGUGUAAGUCAUAGACUCUUGAUACAUAAGAGACAAUAAUACGGAAAGUGUUGAUGGACUGUUGUGCAGUAGCCACUAUUUUUGCACUGGCAGACCAUGUGGGAGGCCUUCCUUUACUUGUUGUCAUCCAAUGUAAUUACAGACUGUGCAAACUCUUGCAACAAAUAUUAUGCCUUAAAGUAUAUCUGCAUUUCUAAGCAGGUUGUUCAUAACCUGUCUCUUGCAUUCCAUAGUUCAAAGUGAUGUAACUUAUUAUGUGGAGGGAAGACAAGAUCAUGCAGGGAUUUGUCUUUCCUGCCUCUAAGAGGCUUUGGAAGUAUAUUGUUUGAUUAAUUCUCAUUUGCAUCCACCUUCGUCAUGAAAAAAUAAGGCAGUAAAAUAUGAAAUAGUAAUAUAGAGUGUUUAAUUUUAUGUGGAAAAUGAACUGACAUUAAAAACACUUAUGUUUCAGUCUUUUGAU